AACAAGACAGUUUUCACAGACUCUGAAGGUUGGGAACAUGUGUCCUUUACUAUGAACUAGUGUGCACGGCUCAUCCUGUCAUUUGUCAGUUGUGUGAAGGUGUGUUCUUAAUAAAUCUUUUACUAAAGGAAAUUGGUUCCAAAGUUCAAGGGAAACUAUCCAAGAGUACGGACCAGUUGAGACUCAGAGGAGGACACGCAACCCACUCUCCAAGGAGUAAAUUCAAGGUCAAAACAUAUAAAUAAAAUAAAACCAUGGCAGAGAGUAAUAGUCCAAAGGGCGGUCCUACUGUCUUCAGUAAGAAAGUCCAAAGGUCACUGAGCAGAAGCAAAGAGAAGGUAUUACAAAGGUUCGGCAAGACAGUGGAGUCAAGAGACGAUGUCUUUGACAGUUGGCUCGAAAGAGUUCAUGAACAGCAGUCUUAUGGCACCCGGAUUCACAAAGAUCUGAAGCUUUACUUGGCAGCAGUCAGAGACAUGCGCAGCGCUUCAAGACGCCUGACCCAGUCUCUGUACGAUGUUUAUGAGAAAGACUGGGCGGGAGAUGAGGAUUUGGGGGCAAUCGUGGAGGGUGAGGACCUUCUGUGGAACGAUUACGAGGUGAAGGUGUCUGAUCAGGCUCUGCGCACCAUGGAGUCCUACAUGGGCCAGUUCCCCGAUGUCCGGGACAGGAUUUCCAAAAGGGGGAGAAAGCUAGUUGAUUACGACCACUCCCUGCAUCAGCUAGAGUCCCUUCAGACCACCAAGAAAAGGGAUGAUGAGAAAAUAGCAAAGGCAGAAGAAGACCUGAACGAGGCCAAGCAUGUCUAUGAGGCCAUCAACACCGAACUGAAGGAAGACCUCCCUUCUUUACAUGAGAGCCGCAUCGGAUGCUAUGUGUCCGUCUUCUCUGCCAUUUCCUCUUUGCGCGACACCUUCUACAAGGAGAUGAGCACGCUGAACAGCGACUUACAGAAUGUGAUAAAGGAUCUUCAAGAGCAGCAUCCAAACCAGGUGUUUGCUGUGAAGGGCUUGCAGCGGUAUGGCUCUCUGAAGAGACGGUCGCUGAUGUCCCCCAGGCUAUGGAAGACCAGCUUCUCUGAAUUCCACCAGACCUACAGCCCCAAAAUGGGCCCCCAAAGGUUCAGCUUCAAGUCCCCUGACAAGCCUCGCCAAGGCGGUACCCUGACCAGGGAGAGCAGCCUGCGUGGCGGGGCGGCCCCCGCGCGGCCUCGGCCCUCGGAGACGCACUCCUUGGUGCUGGGAGACGAGGACGGCCGGUCCCUCCGCAGCGACGCGGGCGGCUCCCUUGCGGAUGCCGUGCAGUCCGGGGGUCGUACCGGGGCGACGGGGGCCGACAUGGAAGAAGAUCAAAACGGUGGCGGGGAGGAAGACAAGUCUGUGAAGGAAGACGAGGCAGAGGCAGAUCCCGCAUCACAGGCCCAUCAGGAAGAUAAAGGCGGUGAGGGGGAUACCGUGGCGCGGAGUGAGAGCAGCUCAGAACUGAACCACUCCUUUGACUCAGAGAGCUUGGAUCUGCAGCUGUCUGCUGAGGCCAACGGCACACUGUACAUUGAAGAGAAAGAAGACAGCCCACCAGCCAACGGACUAGCUGUCGACUCUCUGGGCUCCAAGGAGGUUCCUCAGAAGGAUGUUCCUCUGGGAAGCCAGCUACUACAGGACUCAAAGAACACAGUGGUGUAACACAACAAACUGGAAGGUUUGUGGGUUUUAAGCCAAGAAUCUGUAUGGCCUUCUUGUUCUUGUUGUUCUAUUUUUUCCUUUGAACAUUUGAUGAGAAAAUUAUAAUAUUUUGUUGUCUAAAAAUGUCCAAACUAUUAAUGAGUGUUAAGCAUCGUAUAAUUUAUUUGAAAACAAAUCUGCAUAUUUACUACAAUUAUGAACAAUGCCCCUUCUGGCGAAUAGCAUAUAGGCAUAAUGACUAAAUGUUGACAAUAACCUUAAUUACCCUUUCGAAAAUAUAAUUGAAGUGUGUUUUGACUCAAGUUAUUGUGAAGAUGUUUUGACAAUAAGUCUGGUCUCUGACUUUAAAUGAUUUAGUAAAUUGUCUGUUUAGUCUGUUAAACUUUUUCAGCCAACCGUUUUAAUUUAAAAUAACUAUGUUUGUUAAUGAUACACUUAAAAUCCCCUUCUGAUAGAACAUUGUACAUUGUAUAAAUCCCUAGGCCUAAUCAUUUUCAGUAGUUCAUAGAAAUGUGUUCAACUAACAAUGUUAAUGACCCAAGAACCAGAACAAUAAAACGAAGUAAUUCUCUGUCCAA